AUGGAAAGCGUGCUUCAAUCUCAGUCACCUGGUCUCGAAUUAUCGAUCGGAGAGAUCACGGUUGCAUCAGCGGUUGCCAGUGAGAAAGCACGAAUGCGUCAGCAGUCAGCUAUGCUUGAUAAAUGGCUAAUGGCCAAUGGUGGAAACCUCUAUCCUUGUCGUGAGGACAAAGAAAAACUGGCUGCACAAAUGAAGAUGACAUAUUUACAAUUUGAUUUCGCUGAUAUUCCCGUUGAAUCUAAGCAUCUACCAGCUCAGGCUUGUGGCGAAAAAAGUGGCCCAAAACAUGUCCUGCGUAAUAUAUUUUACAGCGAAGAAUUUGCAUGCUACUAUCUGUCGUAA